AUGGAGGCCACAUAUCUCAUGGUUGGAGAGCCCAGGAAGCUCAAACGACUGGAAAACCUGCCAGACUUCACCAUGCCUCUGUACUGGGACAGCAUGGCCCCCGGGGAGAAGGUGAAGGUGGUGGCAGUGCUGCCUUCCUCUGCAGAGUACCGAGCUUUGAAGAGUGCCUUCAGAAAAACUGAGAGCAAGACUGUAAUGAAAAUUGAGCGUUUGCAGAACAUCCAUCUGCGUCGUGCCUACGAAGUCCAGAAGAAGCACAUGUCAGAGAAGAACAAGCAGGAGGGGGGAGCGAGGGAAAAACUUCUGUAUCACGGGACCACCAAGGACAGCUGCAACUCCAUCACAGAGACCGGCUUUAAUCGUCGUUUCUGUGGACAAAACGGAACUGCAUAUGGUGCUGGUGUUUACUUUGCUGUCAAGGCAUCUUACUCAGCCCAACCGCGCUACUCCGAGCCAGCUGAGGACAGCUCUCAGGUCAUGUUCGUGGCUCGAGUGCUGACCGGCAUCUACACUGAGGGCGACAGCAGCAUGAACGUCCCUCCUCCUCGAGACAUCCAGCGGCCCCACGACCGCUUCGACAGCGUGGUGGAUCGAGAGGUCAAACCCAAGAUGUACGUCGUGUUUCAUGACAACCAGUCUUACCCAGACUAUCUCAUCACCUUCAAAUGA